AUGUUGACAUCACCAAUUAUGAUGCGCAUUAUCGGCACACUCUUGGAAAAGAGAGAUGAAGAGUCCCUUGAGUGCCUAUGUAAAUUGCUUACUACAAUUGGCAAGCUCUUGGAAACACAGUGCAACCAGCAACCAAAGGCAAUGCAAGAAUUGGAAAAAACAUUUUGCACAGAUGGAGAAAAUAGUGAACGACCGCUUAACAAUAGCCGUGUUAGGUUCCUAAUGAUGGAUGUAAUUGACUUGCGGCGAAACAAGUGGAUUCCUAGAAGAGAAGACAACAAGCCCAAAACCAAGGCUCAGGUCCAUGAGGAAGCAAAGAGAGAGGAGAUUGAGCAGCAGAUUGCCCUUGCUUCUACUCCUAACCGAAGAGAUGAGAGGAGAGAUGACAGGGACCGUAAACGGAGCCGUGAUAACCGUGGUCCUCCUAUGUCUGAGGAUGGAUGGAAUACAGUUGCAUCCACCAAGAACAGGGCAUCCUUUGACUCUUCUCGCCUCAAAAAUACCUUCAUUAAUAGGCCGGGAGCAGCUGAGGGCAAGGAAGUAACAUUGAGAGGUACAGGAUUCAGCAAUUGGGCACGUGGCAGCUCAGGGGGUGGCUUGAAGGACCACGAUGAAACAAAGCAAGAAAGUAAUAGGUUUAAUGUGCUGGGAGAUAGUAUGGGUAAUAACACUCUACUUAAUGAUAAUAGAAGAGGAGUCCCUUCAUCAAUGGGUGGAAACAGACUGGCUCCUGGAGGAGGGCCACCAAGGCAAGGGGUCUUUAGCAGUAAGAGUAUGCCACCUCCUUCCAAUGACAAGGAAAGUGCCUUGUCUGCAGUCAAGAAGUUUGUUGGCCCUGACCGAAGCAAAUCUACUAGUCGUCCAGAAUCAAGGGAUAACUCAGUGCCUAGGGAAACUGGUGAAUCUCUAAAGGGUUCUCCAAAUAUGGAUUCAGCAACUGCUGAAAAGUUUGCCAUUGCAAUCAUUGAGGAAUUCACCCACAAUAAUGAUCCUGAUAUCGUGAUUCAACAAAGAGGAGGAUGGUUGGACAGUUUUUACCAUGACCUCAUUGUUGAAAAACUCCUCUCAGUUGAUCAGUUCCUAGAAGGUGGCCAAGAAACUCUGUCAAUGACAGAAGAUUUUGCAAUUGAUAUUCCUCAAGUGUGUGAUUACUUUGGUGAAAUAUUUGCUCCUUGCCUGAAUGACAAUGCAGUUUCGCUUCAACGACUCUGGGAUUUAUCAAGAUUUGCUGAAAAUAAGAGUGCUGAUGUCUUUGCCAGUAUAUUAGCCAAGGCUGCUAAGAUUAUUAGUCCCAAUAAGGUAGCCGAUCUCUGGAAUUCAUCAGGACUAUGUUGGUCUAGUAUAGUUCCUCCUGGUGCCAAUGUUGAGGAGUUCCUUGCCAAGCGUCAUGUGGAGUUCACAGUUGACCGUAGCAAGUCCGGAAAUCAAGGUGGAUGGAACCCUCAGAAGGUUGAGGCUGAGAUUAUUAGGUUGUUUAAGAGAGCAACUAAUGAAGAAAUUUUCAGCUGGAUUGAUGCAAAUAUUGGAAAAGAUGUUAAGAGCAGCAAAUUCAUACGUGCCUUGGUGACCGCCUUAGUGGAAAGUCAAGCUAUGACUUCCAAUGAUGGUUCCUCAAUUCGUGUUACUGAAGACUUUGAGGAGAAAAUGAAGAAACGUUUGGCUGUGGUGCUCAAAUAUGUGGACAGCAGUGACAAGUUAGAACUACAGUGUAUUUAUGCUCUACAAGCUAUCAGUGUGAAGCAUCAACAUCCCCCAGGUCUUCUAGAAAAGUGUUUUAAUGCCUUCUAUGACACUGAAGUCGUGUCUGAAGAGGCCUUUGAAGAGUGGGCAAAGUUCUGGACCCAGAGGAGCAGGAGGGAAAAGGAGUCUGUGUUAACCUUGUUAAGGGCUUCAUGCGAUGGUUAAAAGAAGCUAAGUAGAAGAAGGAGAAACUCAUACCUAAGCUCCUUUUUAAAUAUGAACCCUAUAAUCUUCCCUCAGUAGCUGCCCACUAUACCAGGUCAAGUUCUUUUGUAACUGAUGGACGCGGAUAUAUAUAUAGGAAAUGUGAGCAAAGAUGAAGUGAAGAUGGAGCCAAAGCCAGAUAUAAUUGCGCCACAAUCUAGUGAAGUGUUGAGCCUGGCAGAAGAGGCAGAUGCUGCUAUAUAUACACCCACCCUUUUCCCCUUAAAGUGAUGGGGUGCCACUGGCUGGAGCUCGGACUGUUCCCUGUUGUCUCGCUCUCGGAAGGAGAGAGAGCCACACAGCAGGCAAGACCUGAGUGAUGGCUGGAGCAUGAGGUGGACUCGGACUUAGUAAUGC